AAAAAUAGAAUAAAGCAUGUCUGAAUUUUAUUAAAAAUAAGUCGUUCUAUUUUCUCUUUGAAUUUAAAUAUUUAAUAUUAAUCUAUAUUUCAUAUUUACACUUAUAUGAUAAUUACCUUAGGAAUAAAUUAGGAUUAUAAUUACUAUAAAGUAUGAUUUUUGAAGGUUGUAGUAAUUUUCGAACUAGAAUAAUAUUGUCUUUAUUAAGUGGUAAACCAGUAAAAAUACGAAACAUUCGUUCACAAGACAAUGAACCUGGUCUUAAAGAAUUUGAAGUUAAUUUUUUACGUUUGGUUGAUAAAAUUACCAAUGGUACCUCAUUAGAAGUCAAUGAAACUGGGACUGAUUUAUAUUUUCAGCCUGGACUAUUAAUAGGCGGUUCCAUCAGUCAUGAAUGUUGCAAAUUACGCGGGAUUGGAUAUUAUUUAGAAUUAAUUUUUAUGGUUACUCCCUAUUGUAAAAAAGGAAUACACAUAACACUUAAAGGAGUCACUAAUAAUGAAAAAGAUCCAUCAGUAGAUGCAUUUAAAACGUGUGCUUUACCAAUUUUACAAAGAAUAUUACUUCUAGCAACUGAUGUAACAAUGGAUAUUAAAAAGCGAGGAAUGGAGCCUGAUGGUGGAGGAGAAAUAUACUUUUCAUGUGAACCCGUUAAAUACACAAAACCAAUUCAAUUAACAGAAUUUGGAAAAAUAAAAAAAAUACGUGGAACAUUUUUUUCAUUAAGAGUGUCACCAACAAUUGCAAAUAGAAUGGUAGAAAAAGCCAAAGCAAAUAUGCUAAAAUUUAUACCAGAUGUAUAUUUUACAGUUGAUCAUCCAAAAGGAAAACUUUGUGGAAACUCCCCAGGUUUUGGUGCAAAUAUAGUUUCUCUAACAACAAAUGGUAUAGUUUUAAAUGCUGAUAGUGUCUCACUUCCAUUUAGUGGCAAAAGAACAACUGCAGAAGAAAUAGCAGAAAACGUCUCGUCUGCUAUGUUAGAAGAAAUAUGGCGAGGAGGUUGUGUAGAUUCAUCUUUUCAAUCAUUGAUACUAUUAUACAUGGCACUCCGACAAAAAGAUGUAUCUCAUGUUGUUCUAGGACCAUUAUCUCCAUACACAAUACAAUUUUUAAGACAUUUAAAAAUAUUUUUUGGAAUAACUUUUAAGUUGGAACCUUAUAAUAAUAUCAAUGAAGAUGAAGACCUACGGCAAGGUUACAACUCGAGAAUUCUUGUAACAGGUGUUGGUAUUGGUUAUAAUAAACUUAUUUAAAAUUUUAUAUAUUUGUUACAUUUUUUCUUAGUAAUCAUUUACAAAAAGUAAUGAUAUUAAUUAAAUGUAAAAUUUUAAAUAUGUAA